AUGGAUUAAAACUCUUGUAAUCAAUGCUCUAAUUAAUGCUAUGCCUGCUUUGGAGAGAGUUAGUGUUCUGAAUGUCCACAAUCAUCAUACUUGGUAAAUUAUAAACUAAAAAAAUUUGCAUUAUUAAAAAGAAUUUAGAGUUAAAAAACAGGCAAUUGCUUAGAUACAUGUCCUGAAGGAACAUUUUAGUCCCAAUUCUUUAGUCAAUGUCAAGAAUGCUCUAUUAAAAAUUGUUAAAGAUGUAGUUCCCCUAAUACUUGUUCUUUAUGCAAGCAAGGUUGGGUUUUGUCAUAAGAUCAUACAUCUUGCCUCUAAGAUUAAUGUUUUUAAAACUAAAACUAUGUGUACAAUCCAGACCUUUAAAAGUGUCAAACUUACUGCCCAUAAGAUGAAGAUAAGUAAAAUAAGAUAUGCUCUUCUUAUUUCCAAAUUGGCUACACAUAAUCUUCUGUUAUUCCGUCAAACCUUUACAAAAAUUGUGUUAUAGUAAAAUUUAUAGUCUUUUAAUUAAAGUAGAAGUAACAGAUUGCAGCUUUGUGUUAAGACUAAAUCAUUCUUUAUAGCUAUGAUGAGCUUUAGCCUUACUAUACUUUCAAGAUAAGUGGAAUAGUUUAAGACGCAACUUAUUUUGAAGAUGUCAUGUAUAUUUUAAUAGAGUCUUCAACAACAUAAAUAGUAACUUUUGACACUUAGAAUGUUUUCAUAGAAUACUUUGAUACUUAAAGUUAAUGCAAUAGCUAAAUAUAUAACAAUUAGUAUCUAUUUUGUAGAUCUGAGAUCACUAUUGAGUAAAAUAUUUUUGCAAUGGUGGAUAUUUUUACUUUAAAAAGUUAUCAGUUUUAAUCAGAUAAUUCAAAUAUUGAAUUAAUUAAUUCUCUCCAGCAGAGUACUUUAAAUAAUGGCCGAAUACUCAAAAUAAAUGACACAUCGCUGACUAAAGUAGAAACGCAAAAUUUGAAAAGAAAUCUCCAAGAUGAUAGUCUUAACUAUGAACCAGAGCCUUAUAAUUAAAAUAUGUUAUUAAUUCCAUUUGAUAUUCCUCUAAUUAGAGUUCUUCCUAGCAACUAAACUUCUACUUAGUCGCAAUAUUAUUAUUAAGUAUUUUUGCAGAUUAAUAAAGUUAUUGGCUUUUCAAACUAGGAUAAUAAUUUUUACUAUUUCAAUUUAACUACGUUAAACUAGCCACUUCUAGCUGUAAAUAUUCCUAAUUCUGGAGGAAUAAUUUGCGAAAGCGUAUAUGGCAAUACCCCUAUUUUUAUUAUGUCAUAGUAAUAAGACAAUUACUAUAGCUAUUUCUCAUCUAUAAGUUUCAACAUGACAUCUCAGCAAUAUUAAUUAAAUAAUUUUACACAAUUAGAUUACAGCCAAGGAAAUUUAGAGCAGUGUUACAUUGACAUAACACUUUAAAUAGUAAUUUUGUCUAAUUAAUAAGGAUGCCAAAUUUAUAAUUUGUUGGAUUUGAUAAAUAAUGUAUAAAAUGCUUAAAUUUAGACAUAUAAUUUUACGAGAAAAGACAAUAUUAUAAUAGAACAAUAAGUAUUAAUAACUUAAAAAUUUAUAGCAACUAUAAUUACUAAUGAGAAAAACAAUGAAUUAAGAAUUAUUAAUUUUGAUUAAAGGGGGUUUUAAACAGAUAAUAUUGUUCCAUUUGAAUUGCUUAUAAAUUACAUUGGAUAAACUGAAUAUUUGACAUAAGUAAUAUAUGAUUCUAUUAACCAAAGAAUUUAUAUCUCUAAUCAAAAAGAAAUUCAAAUGAUUCCAUUAGACUAAACUAAAUAAAGAGCUUAUGCUUCUGUAGAGGGAAGACAAGCAACCAUUGGCUAGCUAUCUCCACUUCUAAGUACUGGCGUUUAAUAUCUUUAAUGA